AUGGUAACUCUGAGAUACUUGGAAUACAAAAUUUGAAAAGACGAAAAAAAAAAUAUGGGAAAAGGUGCUGUGAUGCAUGCUUCAACCACCUGUUGAUAUCAUUCUACUCGUCGGAAUUUUCAGUUUUACACGAAAGGUAAGAUUCAUUUUCAAAGAUACCUGGUUACUUUUGAACAGCACUCGGGAUGGGAUCCUACGGACGCGAAAAAACGCAGUGCUGUGGUCGAAAAUGGUGCGUCGGGGACCCUUGUGGGAUCAUUUGCGCCGGAAUCACUUGGUCAGCUUUUUUCUUUCAGUUGUUCUCAAAUAUCAAUUAAUAUAAACUCAUUACUUCAUAUGAUAUAGUUUUUUCGAAAAAGAACCCUCAGCGCAUAAGGCUCAAAUCUGGUUCGGAUUAAGCACUAGAGUUUGCAAAAAAAAAAAACCAAUCUUCCAAAAUUAUUGAUAGCUCAGUAUUUAUGGCCCAUUCCGCGCCAGUUUUUUCUUUGCAGUUUUGUAAAAUUCCGCGCGAGGCGGUCAUGUUUUUAAAGAACAUUAGAAAAAAGGCUACCCUAACAAAUUUUUUUUGCAAUUCUGCCUUUAAUGGUCUUGAAGCGAAGUUGGUCAAAAUUGAUCAAAUUUGGUAUGAGGCUUUUUUGGCGGUAAGAAAAAUGUGGAAAGCUGUCGCGGGAUGGGCUAUAAAAUAAUUAAUUUUUUUGAAGUUUCUUUUUGACGAAAAAGUCGUUUUUUUAAAAUGGUUUUUGGAAAGAUCUCAAUAUUGACAAAUUUUUACAAAAAAACCUUUCGAUUGAUCAAAAUUCAAGCCAAUGUCUUCAUGACGACAUUUUUGAAAGAUCGAAUUUAAUAUUAAUAAAAUCGAAAUGUCGUUCAACUCCCACUUGUUGACUUUCCUUUUUGUGGAAAUGCCAAAUUUCCCUAAUUUCUGUGAAAUUUUGUGAAUAUAUCGAUCAAUAGAUUAGUCGAACCAAAGUUUUUGCCAACUCUAUUGAGCACGACACCGGUAAUAUUUUUUCGCUUCGAGACCUUAAAGCGAGACCGCAUCUGUCAUGGCCCUUCAAACAACAGCUAUCACCUUUCAAAAUGCCAGAUGGACUCUUGGAAACUUCAAUUCACACCUCAUGUGAUAAGACAAUCUAGAUAUUGAGACGUUUCAAUCGGUAAACUUGUUUUUCUUUCUUGAAGCGAUACCGCUUGCCAAAGAACCCAGAAAGCGAAUUUGAACAGAGCUUUGAAAAGUAAAGAAAAUGAACUCAGCUGUUCAUUUUCCAGGCUCCUAAUGCUCUAUGGACAAGUUUGCGUGUUGCUGAUUUUCGUCCACUCCUGGGAGGAAUACACGUUGCACACUUCGAUCAACUUCAUCUUGUUCGAAACCUUCUUGUUCCUGGCCUUUGUGAGCCACGUGAAGGUUGGGAACUUGUGUGUGUAACUGUAGUAGAAGUCCUCUUUGAAGACGAUGUUGACGGAUCCUGGCGCCGUGCCAAAAGGCGACGCCACGGAGGAGUUGAUCGAACGACUCCAGGCCGCCAACGGAAACGAGGUCAGAGGUUUUUGUUUGGGUAUAGUUUUCUGAAAUACACAAUACUGACUAGUUCGGUCAUUCACUGCUUUAUUUCCAUACUUGAGUAUUUUGAAACAAUUUUUCGAUGGUAUGAAAUAAAAACCAACGAACUUUUGAACGGCGACUUUCCGGUUUUUUUCAUAUUGCUAAGGAGUUUUCCGACUUUUUGGUUCUCGAUAACCUUUUUCAUUUCUUUUGAAGAGAAUAUUAGAAUAAAAAUCUUGGAUGAAAUUCGCUCAACUGGAACUUUCCUCCCAAUGAAUGGUGCAACCAACGGCUCGACGAACCAUACACGAAACUACUGAGAAUACAUUUUCUUCGAAUUCAUGCUAUCCUCAUUUAUUCAGGUGAUCUACAAAUGCCAAAAAUGCUGCAGCAUCAAACCGGAAAGAGCACAUCAUUGUUCUGUGUGUGAAAGGUUGUUUUUUUUUUUUUUCUUCUGAGAUUUUUUUGAUGAAAACCUCCUUUACCUCACUGUGUGGCUUUCUGAGAGCAUUUAUCUCUGUAUAAUUGAAGUUUUUCGUGCUGAACCCAUUAAUCAGACGAAACUCAAGAAUUAAUUUAAAAAGAAAAUAAUUUUUAAAAAAAUGAAAUGAUUGAUUUUUUUUUUCUCAAAUAGCUCUCUUGAGAGAAGACACCGAAUGGUUUUUUGGACCAGAAAACAAACUGUGAAACGUAAUGAAAUGUUAUAUGGACGCAAUUCCUCUAGUUUUUUUCAUUUUUCAAUUUUGAAACAGGUGCAUCCGGAGGAUGGAUCAUCAUUGUCCGUGGGUCAACAACUGCGUCGGAGAGGCGAAUCAGAAGUUUUUCGUUCUGUUCACGGUAUAAAUAGUUCCAGUUUAUUUCCUCAUUACUGAAACUACACUAAUUUCACUUCUAGUUUGGGUAAAGUCGGAAUGGUGGAUAAUGGCCACUUAAAAGGAGAGGCUCAAAAAAAGGCCGCUGAAUGGCAGAAAAAAGAGCCCAUUUAUCGAGCCUUUCAUUUUUUCAAAAAUUUCAAAGGCUCAAUAAGUGGUCGAAAAAGGGAGGGGUAGCAAAAAUGAUGUAUAACAGCCGAUAAAAUGGCGCAAAAAGGCAGAAAAAAAGGAAAAUUUCUAUGGAGCCUUUUCCAUCCUUUCCGACUUUACCUCUGAAAAAAGUUUCAGUUCAAUGUUUUCCAUGAAAGAUUGUUCUUUGAUUCCAGGACCUCUUUCUGAGUGAAAGAGCAACUUUUUAUGAACGACAAAUCUGAAAUUCUGAGCGAUUUCGGAAGAAGAACUUUUCUUGUUGUAGAUGUACAUCGCGUUGGUUUCGCUGCACGCCCUUUACUGGGGCAUCUGGCAGUUUGUCCUGUGCGUUGGGGUUGAAUGGCAAGGCUGCAGCGCUCUUGGCCCUCCAGGGACCACUCUCAUGCUCGUAGGCUUCAUAUUUUUUAAGGCACUCUGACUGUUUUCCAGAUUUUCUUGUUGUUCGAAGCCAUUCUGUUCGCUAUUUUCACAUCGGUCAUGUUCGGAACUCAAAUAUCGUCUAUUUGCAGCGAUGAAACAACUAUCGAAGCGUAUAAGAGGUUUUUUAUUGGCUUUUUUGGAGUACGCUUUUCAAAAAUAAAGUGACAAUAUAAAAUUUCAGUUUCGCGUAGUCGAAUUCGUAGAAAUUCUUCAUCUCUCUUUUUGAGUUUAAUGACAAAAAUUGAACCUCAAAUAAAAAAAUGGAGCGCUUGAAACCGAAAAAUUUUUUUGUUCAGUUUCGCAAAAAAACGGCGUCAAUUCUUAGUUAUUUUGAAAAAGUUUCCAUAUUUAUUAGUUCUAGCAAAACUAAAUAGAAAUCGCUGGAUCAGAAAAAAAAACCUUACGAUUAUUUUUCCUAUGCUUGUCUUGUUAAUUCACACUAUUCACCACUCGAAAAACUGGGAAUGAUAUGUUUGAGUCUCUUCUUUGCGCACACUGAUUCGCUUAGCGGAUAAGGUUCCUGUUUAACAUUGUUUCAAUAUCCUGAUAUGGAGCGCCAAAAGGGCGUCACACCUCUUUCUCUGACCUACACUAUUUCGUCUUUAUCUAGCUGCGAGAAAACGACGAAAUAGUGCAUUUCAGAGAAAAUGUCAGAGCACUUUAGAAAAAGUGGGACAACUGGAAAAAGGGGCUAUGUUUGAAAACUUUGCUCUGGCUUCAAUUUAUCUUUCCGUCUCUCAAAUAAACUUAUAAUUUUGUUAUCUAGAUGCUAUCGUUUUUUUUCCUCAGAGAAUUUCUAUAACUGAUCCGCGGCUAGCUUGGGACGCAAAAAGGCUUGGCCUGUCUGCUUUCUCCACUAACCCGGCACUGUUUUCUCAUCGUGUCAAGACCCUUUUUCUGAUGCCUCAAGUCAACCGUGAAUCAGUUAUAAUCGAGAAGACUCACAAGGUUUCAUUAUGGUAACUGUAAAAUCACUAUUUGUAGAGGAGGCGACGAAAGAGUUCGCAACAACUCCUGGAAGAACAUGCAGAUGGUUUUUGGCGGGCCGUUCAGUUUACGCUGGCUCAACCCGCUGGCCGACCCCUACUUCUUGAGACCUUCCUUCGAAUAUUCUGUUUGA